AUGUUUAUGGAGGCUGAUGCUAUUCGUAGAAACACAGCAAGUGUAGAUGCAGACACCAACGCCACCUUGCUGUUUGAUCACUUGUUUACUAACUACAAAAGUGGUGUCCGCCCGUACUGUGACAGCAACAAUGCCACUGUCGUUCGACUUGAUCUUGCUCUCCGACAAAUAGUUGACUUGUUUUGGACAGACUGUCAGCUGACUUGGGAUGCCAGUGCGUUUGGUGGACUAGGUAACAUAGUGGUGCCGUUCAAACAUCUGUGGAUACCAGAUCUUACCUUGUAUGACAGCGCUUCGGAUGACUUUCCGGGUUAUGAUGACUACCGGGCGAAUAUCUAUUCGGAUGGGGCCGUAUAUUACAAUUUCCCAACUGUUGUCCAGAGUCGAUGUCUUGUGGACGUAGAGAGGUUCCCCUACGAUACCCAGAAGUGUGGGAUGACUUUUGGGUCGUGGUCUCACCAUGGUUUCGAAAUGGACCUUGUCUACAAGAACCCCUAUGGAGAUCUGUCGUCGUCGGUUAAGAACGUUGAAUGGAACAUAUCUAGCUUUACUGCUGAGCGCAACGUUGUGUAUUACGGUUGCUGUCCGGAGCCAUAUCCAGACGUCACCUAUUAUCUAACUAUCAAACGAAAGCCGGCGUUUUACGUCGUAAACAUAAUCAUCCCGACUUUUCUCAUUACUGGAAUGGGGAUCCUCGGUUUCUUCUUACCUGUAGAAUCCGGUGAGAAGGUGUCUCUACAGAUCACUGUCAUGUUGGCCUUGGCAGUGUUCCAGCUUCUUGUGGCAGACUCUCUCCCGCCGUCAGCGGAAGCAACCCCUCUUAUCGCGAUCUACUUCAACUUUUGUCUGUUUCUUGUCGGAUUUGCCUGUGUUAUGUCAGUGGUCGCAUUGACUGUUUACUACCAGCCAAUGGAAUACAUGAAGCGCUGGAUGUUUAAGAUAUUCCUACAGACUUUGUCUAAGUUCACAUGGGUUUAUGUACCAGAGCUAGAGGACGACUCAACGGAAAAUAACAACGAUUCGACAUCCCGGCCUCAGACAUCUUCGUCACUUCACCAGGGAAAUGGGAACAAGAUCACAACAAUACAUGUAACAGGAAGCGCGAAAAUCGGUACAGAAAAUGACAAGCCUAAAGCCACACCGACAAUAAAGGUUACCGCUGAACACUGGAACUCUAUGUCGAAGGUUGUCGAUAGACUCGCUUGUUUAACAUUUAUUCUUAUGGGUUUGGCUGGAACUGGAAUUGUCUUUAGUCAAUUUAGUGACGACGAAUAUGUUAAUUCUAAAUUGAAAACAACAUUUUUUUUUGAAACAAUCCACACGAGGAAAGUUGAAAUUAAACCAACGGCGAACGGAAUGGGAGGUACAACGACACGUACAGUGAUGGUACUGUGUUUGAUUGUCAUACAAAGCAGAGGCGUAGAUGCUGACACCAACGCCACGUUGUUGUUCGAUCAGCUAUUUACAAACUACAAAAGUGCUGUCCGCCCUUUCUGUGGCAAUAACAGUGUCACUACUGUACGGAUUGAUCUUGCUCUGCGACAAAUAGUUGAUUUAGAUGAGCCGUCCCAGAUUUUAACCCUGAAUCUUUGGGUAAGAAUGUUUUGGACAGAUUGUCAGCUGACUUGGGACGCCAGUGCGUUUGGUGGUCUAGGUAACAUCGUUGUGCCGUUCAAAUACCUGUGGGUCCCCGAUCUUACCUUGUAUGACAGCACCGCAGAUGACUUUCCGGGUUAUGACGACUACAGGGUGAAUAUCUAUUCGGAUGGGUCCGUAUAUUACAAUUUCCCAACUAUUGUCCAAAGCCGAUGUCUUGUGGACGUAGAGAGGUUCCCCUACGAUACCCAAACUUGUGGGAUGACUUUUGGGUCGUGGUCUCACCAUGGUUUCGAAAUGGACCUUGUCUACAAGAACCCGUAUGGAGAUCUGUCGUCGGCGGUUAUGAACGUUGAAUGGAACAUCUCUAGUUUUACAGCUGCACGCCAUGUAUUGUAUUACGGUUGCUGUCCGGAGCCAUAUCCAGACGUCACCUAUUAUCUAACUAUCAAACGAAAGCCGGCGUUUUACGUCGUAAAUAUCAUCAUCCCGACAUUUCUCAUUACUGGAAUGGGGAUCCUCGGUUUCUUCUUACCUGUAGAAUCCGGUGAGAAGGUGUCUCUACAGAUCACUGUGAUGUUGGCCUUGGCAGUGUUCCAGCUCCUUGUGGCAGACUCUCUCCCGCCUUCAGCGGACGCCAUCCCUCUUAUCGCGAUCUACUUCAACUUUUGUCUGUUUCUUGUCGGGUUUGCUUGUGUUAUGGCAGUGGUGGCAUUGUCUAUUCACUACCAGCAAACUACAGUCAUGCGGCGCUGGAUGGUAUCGAUAUUUCUUCGUAGUUUAUCCAAAGUCACAUGGGUGUAUGUACCAAAGAUAGAGGACGAUUCUAACCAAAGUGAUAACAAUUCCACGACUCAGCCUGAGCUCGAUUCUUCUUCGUCGAUUCACCAAGCAAAUGGAAAGAGAACAACAAAAAUAACAGUGAUGCCAGCAAAUACGAAAAUCGGUACAGAAACAGAUAAGCCUAAAGCCAAACCGACAAUGAAAGUCACGGCAGAUCACUGGAAAUCACUUGCUAAGGUUGUCGACAGAGUCGCCUGUUUAAUCUUCAUUCUCAUGGGUUUUAUUGGAACAGGAAUUGUGUUUAGUAAGUUUACUUACGACUAGUACUACACUGCAGUAAUAGAUAUAUGAAUCAGUACUGUACAUAGCGCUGCUGUGAUUGGCUGUAAGUCCUGAUUGUUUCAAUUAUGACGUCACCGAGCAACGCCUUUUAGAUUCCAUAGCAAGCUGAUGAAAUGCUGUUUUCUAAUAAUGUACAUGAUACACACAUUUAUAUAAUUAGUAUUUGCUACCAAGAAGAAAUUAUGCAUGAGCAAAUCUUUGAAAAAUGCUUGAUAUUAUAUUUCUAAAUAUAUCCCUCUGACGGCAUUCUAUUUAUAGAAACGUUAUCCUUGUUGCCAAAUAUAUUAACCAAUAAAUGAUAUUUUUACUAAUCAUUAUGAUACUAAUUUUGUUCUGAACACAAUACUGUCUGAUUUAAUCUAAUAUCCUUGAUAUUUAAGUUAAUGAUAAUAAGCUCUUUGUGUCAAUGAGAAUAAGUAAGUAUGCAUUAUAUUGAGACGAGUACAUAAUUUAUCUUCAGCUUGAAGAAAUUGCAUUUGUUAUGUUGAUCCUUUGUUGUUGUAUCAUGUAUUUAUGUCAAUGAUAUAUGAUUAUUUGUCCUGACGAGUCGAACAGAUGACAGUGUUACAUGUGAACAUCACAGUAUCUAUUGAUUGGAAUGUUUCAUUCUGGUAGGCAUCCGUAUUUUUGUCGACACAAAUUCUGCAGCAACAUUCUAAGAAAUAAACUAAUGAUUACGCAAAAGUCAA